AUGUACCUCCUGGGGCUGAUAAGCCUGGAGAAGUGCAACCAUCCCUCAGCAGGCUCUCUGUGGCUGGGCUGAUGGAGGUACGUAGGGAGGGAGGGCUGAGAGGGACUUCCAGCCCACCGCCUACUCCUCCGGAGCUUUAGAGCUCGAUGGGAGAGAGGAGAAACAGUUCUCCUUCAUGACAGAGCGAACAGAAAAAAGGUCGACUCAAAAUGGACUAAAGACGGAGACUCUCGGUCAUCACAGCAAUGAAACGUUAGUUCUUUGAUUUUCGUUUAACUUUCAACUAAUUACCAGCUCCAAGGCUCCAGCGCUGAAAACACCAUACUCUACUCUGCACUGACCUCCAGUGUCAGCAGGCAGUGCUGAUUUAAAGAUGAACAUCAUACACCUUCACUACAACCACACUGGAAAGCUGGACCACCAGCUACCAAGCUCCAACACCAACCAAGGAACUUUGGAUAUUACAACUAUCGUCCUCCUCAUCAUUUGCAGCUUCAUUGUUCUGGAGAACCUCACCGUUCUGGUGGCCAUAUGGAGGAACCACAGGUUUCACAACCGGAUGUACUUCUUCAUCGGGAACCUGGCACUGUGCGAUCUGCUGGCUGGAGUCGCCUACCUGGUCAACUUGCUCCUCUCUGGACAUAAGACUUUUCAUCUCUCACCAACUCUGUGGUUUGUUAGAGAGGGCAGCAUGUUCGUAGCACUCAGUGCCUCCAUCUUCAGUCUCCUGGCCAUCGCUAUAGAGAGACACCUGACUAUGAUCAAAAUGAGGCCUUAUAAUGCCAACAAAAACUACAGAGUGUUUCUGCUCAUAGGGACCUGCUGGCUGAUUGCUAUAAUUCUUGGAGCUUUACCCAUCUUAGGUUGGAACUGCAUUGGCAACCUCCCUGACUGCUCUACAGUCCUGCCUCUUUACAGCAAGAAAUAUGUAGCUUUCUGUAUCACAGUUUUCAUGGUCUUGCUUUUAGUGAUGUCAGUCCUUUACACUCGCAUCUACAUCCUGGUUAAAUCCAGCAGCAGAAAGGUGAGUAAGCACAGACACUCUGAGCACGCAAUGUCCCUUCUACGCACCGUCAUCAUUGUAGUUGGGGUCUUCAUCGCCUGCUGGACACCCAUCUUCAUCCUUCUCCUGGUGGAUGUGGCGUGUGAGCAGCACUGCCCAGUCCUUUAUAAGGCCAAGUGGUUUAUUGCACUAGCUGUACUCAACUCGGCCAUGAACCCAAUCAUCUACACGCUGGCCAGCCGUGAGAUGAGACGGGCCUUCCUGGCUCUGGUUUGUGGCAUUUGCUAUAAGGCAAAGGUGUCGGUGAAUGGCAGUGGGAAUAGGCAUUCCCUGGAGCCCAGCCGGAGCAGGAGCAAAUCAUGGAGCAGCCAGAACAACCAGAACCAGCCGAGGGAUCAGGAGACCGACACUGGAACAAAAGAGCGUGAUGAUCAGGAGGGUGUUGAGAGUGAUGGGAAAGACUGAAAGAAGGGUUCAAGCAAUCAAACUAAAAGAGUUACCUCCUUAAACUGGAAAGAUGUUUGAGACUGAAAGUCAAUUUAACAUGACUCAUAUUUGAUAUGAAGAUUGGACUAUACUUGUGCUCCAGCACAGAGGUUUCACUUUGGUGUCUGAUGUAUACAAAUCAUUAGCAUCUAUAAUUGAAAAACUCAUGAAAGCUCACUUUACAUUACAUUCAGUAAAGAAACUAAAUAUCAUAUAACCAAUUGUGGUCAUUUUACAGGUAACUGUCUAGAAUAUAAAGAGCAGUAUAUUAAAGGUGCAUUUCCACAGAACAGGGCAGCUCACGACUAGUUAAGAUCUUAGAGAUUCUUACUGUAGUUUUUAAAUAAAGUGUUCUGCCAGAGUGACAUAAAACAGCCAUAACUAUCAAAGCAGAAUAUAUGGAUUAAUCAGCAUGCAACAUUUUUUUAGAAAGUGCAUUUAUAGUUCCACAACAAACUGAAGCAUGAUUGUAUUGUUAUUGAAAAGGAGACAGCUGAGUGUAUUUAUUAAUGUAUGUGCAAUGCAUUUUUAUAUUUACCCUUUGACCUCUUUAUGAGCUAUAUUUGGAGUAACUGAGAUAUAGUGCUGAAACUGCAUCUGGCCCAUCUCUUCAGCAUUUUAACUAUUGCAGUUGCCCUUUUAGUAAUACUGGGGGCCCCUCUGCUGGUCAGGUGUAGUACUGCAGCAAAUUCAGGAUUUAAUUGUUGCACUCUUGGUGGAAUAUAGAGGUUGUGUAAAAGCGUGAAGAGACGUUUGGAUACUGCAUGCCAAAAACAAUAUUUACCCUAUGUAUAUGGUGCAAUAUAUCAACUUUAAAAGUAGAGAUAAAAAAAAAACAAGUUCAAGAUCUGAAAUCACUUAUGAUAAAGCAGUGAAGAUUGCAUCUGUUCUCUGAAAGCAUACAUUUUCUCUGUUUUCUGUUUUCUCUGUGCAGUUCUCACAUUAAAGUUGGAGUGAUCAUGUGCCACUUUAAAACUGUGAAGUCUCCAUUUCAAAGAAUAUGGAACUGAUUAACUUUGACAUACAUUUGCACCUGAAAUUAUUCAACUCCCUUUACAAGUUAGGUUUAUUGGUAAAUCCUACAACCAAGCUGCUGUUUGCAGCACAACAAAUUAAAACAAAAUGACACUUGCUGCAGUAUCACAUUUUUUUCACCUAAUCAUGAGAAGUCUCUUUAGUACUUAGUAGAGCUUCCUUUCCUGUUAUGAUCUGCUCUGCUGCCAACAUGAUUGAUAACCAGAAACCAGCUUCUGGGAACGUUCCUGAUGAACCUUAGCCCACUCCUUAUGGGUAAAGGCCUCCACUUCCUUAAUGUUCUUGGGUUUGUGUACUGCAACUACUUUUUACAAAUCCCAUCAUGCUAUAUGAUGGCAGCAAAUUUUCUAGGACUUCUUUUGAAACCAAACUUUGGUGAACCUUGAUAUAUGCUUGGGAUCAUUGUUCUGCUUGAAGGUCAUUGGAUGUCCAAGCUUCAGCUUCCUCACAGAUGGCUUGAGAUUUUUUUUCCAGGAUAUCAUGGGACUUGACUGAAUUCAUCAUUCCAGUGCCAGAUGAGGCAAAGCAGCCCCAGAGAGCAGAAUUACAAAACAUCUUUGGCAUAUUUAUAUAGUUUUGAGCAAACUGAAUCUGACCUGUCCUGUGCUUUUGUGCCAGUAAUGGGGUAUGGUUCUGUCAUGAAGCCCUCACCGUGAAAACUAAAAACCUCAGUGGCUGCAACAAUCAAGUUUUGCAGGACGUCUUUUACAGUCAGUUCAGGGCUUUUGGGACCCGCUUCCUCAGAAAACUGGGGACAGUUUCCUCUUUUUGCCAUGUCCAGGUUGUGCAGCCACUGUUUUAGAUUUAAAUAAAUUACAAAUUAUCCUUCUAACUUUUUCUCUUGGAAUAUUCAGUCAUUCCUAUGUUUUUAUUUCAUUUUCUUGUUUGUAUGAGGGAAAGAUCUCUUCAUUGAACUUUGUGGACAAUUUUCCUGGCUUAGCCACAUUUCUACAAUGCAAUGAAACAUUACCAUCCACAGUUCAGGCAUCUGAGGUGUUCUACCUCAAGCACAUGUGAUGCAACUAAUGAAGCCCUUCGCCGGUUCCAUCAGAUGUACCUGAGACGACAUCUGAUUUGCAAAUAUAUACACUGAUGAAGAAGUCCAUUUAGGGGCUUGAAUAUUGAGGUUGCUGUGGUCAUUAAAAGUAGGACUUACUGUUGAAUUCAAACAAGAAUCAGACUUGAUUUUCAUUAUGCGUAGUUCAAAGAAAUUAAAUCUUCGUAGUAUUAGUUUUAUUUAACUACCCAAACUGUUCUUGAAUAAUUUGUUUAUUGCAAACACUUGUAAAAUGUUGAAUGUUGUCAAUACUGAAUACUUUUAGGUGCAACUGUAUUAGUGCUGUUUGUGUACAGCUGCAUGCAACCAUUUCCAAAUCAUCUUUAUUUUUAUAUUUCUAUUGGACACGCAGUUUUCAGCUACAUCUUAGUUUUUAAUUAUUAACAUCUGACACCGCAAAUUAGCCAACUGUCAAUGGAGAACCUUGCAAGCUCUGAAUUUCCAGGUGUUUAAAUAUAUAAAGCAUAACGCUGUUACACUUUAUGUCCAUGUAAAUCUUUUAUCGUGGUCUGUCAACAAUUUUCAAUGGAAAAGCUCAAAGUAUGAAAUUCAGUCCGGUCUUUUCUUAUUUAAUACAUGUCUUACCUCAGUUUGUAACUUUGCAAAGGGCCAGAAAAAAAAUUUAAUUCCUGCUUAUCUUCAGUGAUUAUGAUCAAGACUGUACACCAGAAACUAAGUUUAUUUUUUUGAAACUGCACUCAUUGCUUAGAAUGAAUGAAGAAAUGUACAAAAGUGAGUGUUUGGUAUGCAUGUUACACUUAAAUAUUAAUCUGAGGAUAAAAAUAAUGACCUGAUUUUUUUCUCAGCAGGUAAUUGUACCAAUAAUGCGGCAUACUUCUGUCAGUCAUUUAUUAUUCCUCUUAAUGCAAAGAAUAAAAUACAUUUUGAGGUGACUAUGA